AUGAUCGCUUACAAUAAAGAGCUUUAUCGAGCAAACUAUGUGCACAUUUCGCCGAGUUACAACCCACGUGAACAGUGGUAUCGAAUUGCGAAACACGAUUGGGCACUUUUGCAAUUGGAAAGGAAAAUCCCGUUGAAUGAUUUGAAUUGUCAAUCAAAAAUACGCCCAGUUCCAAGCAUUUGGACAAAUGAGACUGAUGGAAUGGCGAAAAAAAAAUGUUUUCUCAUUGGAUUUGGACAAACCGAAGGUGAGGGAGAUCCUACAUUCAACACCGUUCUCAUCGAAUCGACUCAUCGCAAUGCUGCAGCUUGUCAGGGUGAUUCGGGUGCCCCAGUGGUUUGUCGAAUCAAUGAUAAAUGGUAUGCGAUCGGUUUGCUCAUUGGUGGCACUUUUCACUCGACACAUCAUAAGACUCAUGUUGAAACUUGCUUGAAUAUCAAGAGAAAUGCGUUUGUUCCUUUUGAGACUUUAUUUUCCGAUUUUGGCGUGAAUGGGAGAACAACUCCAUUAAUGUCAGCUUUGAAAUAUCUUCGACGUUUCGAUGAUGUGCUUCGUUUUCAAAAAUGUCAU